GUCCUCUUGACAACACUGUUGUCAACUCAGUUACAUUUGACAAACUUGAAUAUCAUAUCAAUAUUGUGAUAUAUUUACUCUUAUAGUUUUUUUUCUCUUCAAGCAAAAAUGCUCCCUGCGACCUUUAAACUGUGUGCUGGCAUCUCCUACCGCCACAUGAGGAACAUGAGAGGUCUAAGAAAGAAUGCUAUUGUGGCUAUUCACCAUGAGCUGGACCGACUUGUGGGUCCAGGCCAGAGUAACUGGAUCAGCCAAGUCCGCAGACGAAGUUCCCUUCUUAGUUCUCAGAUUAGGGAGGAUGGAUACAGUGAGGAGGAAAUGUCCUAUGUGAAGCAAGGUGAAAAUGCACUGCAGAAGGCUAUCAGCAUCCUCGGUGAGCAGGAGGGCUGGACCGUUGAAACUGUUGCUGCAAAUGGAGACAAAGUCCUGAGUAAAGUCUUGCCUGACAUUGGUAAAGUGUUCCGGCUCGAAGUGGUGCUUGAGCAACAUCCAGACAGUCUUUAUGAAGAGCUGGUGGGAAACAUGGAGCAGAUGGGGGAGUGGAACCCAAAUGUGAAGCAGGUCAAGAUCCUUCAAAAGAUCGGCCAGGACACAAUGGUGACCCACGAGAUAGCUGGAGACACACCUGGCAACGUUGUAGGGCCUCGGGACUUUGUCAGUGUUCGCUGUGCCAAACGCCGCGGCUCCUCCUGUUUCCUGGCUGGAAUGUCCACUCAGCACCCCAAGAUGCCAGAACAGAGCGGUGUGGUCCGGGCGGAGAAUGGGCCCACUUGUAUAGUUAUGAAGCCCAGCAGUGAAGACCCGAAUAAGACCAAGUUCACCUGGUUACUCAACAUAGAUUUAAAGGGCUGGAUCCCAAAGACCAUCAUCAAUAAAGUGCUCUCUCAGACCCAGGUGGACUUUGCCAACCACCUCAGGCAAAGGAUGGCCACUCAUGUUUCUGUGGAGAUGGCUCACGCCUGCUGACACGGCAUGCCUCAGUACUGGCAGAAGAGAAUUGCUUCAUGUAUCAUGUAUGAAAAAUCAUACACGCUCUAUGAUCAUAGUAAUAAUACACAAUGUGAGGUAUUAGGGAGAUUAGAUGACUAGUCUGAGAAUACAUGUUGUUUCAGUUUACAAAUGUGUGUUGCUAUUACUUAAUAGGCAAUCUUUCCCUGAGAUUUUGCAGCUCUGACACCAAUCAUACGUUGACUAUUUCCAUCAUGUCCAUUCACAUUGAACCACGCCAAUGUCUUAAGUUUAAUAAACGCAUUGUUUCAAAGGGAUAACAUUUUGGGUAAUGCCCAUUACGCUGCAGUGAAAUUUUAUUGCAGUACUUUAUUUAUUGAUAUUGUGCACUUGCAUUGCAUUACAAUGGCUGCCAUGUGAAUAAAGAAUUAUUUAUG